AUGGCAGCGCACCAGCCGCCCGUGUUCGUCCUCCCGAGGGCCGACCUCGCCCCCUCGUCCUCAUCGCCGAACUCGCGCACCUCGCCCGGCCACUCGACAGCCAACGCGCUCAGCCAGGCUACCGACAGCCUCUCGCUAGCCGAGCUCGCCCUCCCUGUGCCCCCGCCAAUUCCCUCGACCUCGCGCCUCCAGCGUGCGCCGACGCCGCCUCCACCGCCCGCCGCCGAGCUCCCUCAAGACGCGUCAAAGCCGGCCAAGACCAAACGCGGCAGGAAGCGCAUCGCCGAGCCUCUCGACAACAUCAAGGACAACCCUGCUCUAGACGCCGAGGCCAAGCGCAAGCUGCAGAACAGGGCGGCGCAGAGGGCCUUCCGCGAGCGCAAGGAGAAGCACACGGCCGACCUCGAGGAGCGCGUCAAGGUGCAGGAGGCCCAGCUCGAUGCGUUCAAGGAGAUCCUGCGCAGGUUGCUCGCCGAGAACGAGGCGCUUCGAGCAGGCGCAAACCCGCCGCGCACCGCCGUUACGGUCGACCUCACCGCACCGUCAGCGCCCGAUCACGACUUGACGCCGGCGCCUGUCGACACCACGACCAACGUUCCCGGUCCCACCCACACGACAUCGCCCGAGGACGUCAAGCCGGCAGUCAGCCGCACCCCGACCUCGGGCCCCACCGACCCGAACCCCUCUCCCUCACACUUUACGCCCGUCUCAACCUCUCAGCCUCCUCCUCCAGUCGCACAACCUCUCGACACUGUCGCUCCACCUCAUGCCCCUGCGAGCGUCCCGACCGCCGCUCCUCUCGUGGACACGGCCAUGCCGGCCUUCGACGACCUCAACUUCGACUUUGACGCGCCGUUCGACUUCUCCGACUCGAUCGCCCUCCCUCCCCUGUUCACGUCCAUGAUCGACGGCGCCGACGCCGCCGGCUCGGGCGUCGCGCCGGGUCCUGCCCAGCCCGGCGCACCUCCUCGCGCCCACGACGCCUACGACGACGACGCGUGCCCGGGCGACGACGACGACGACGAGCCGCCGGCGCUCCCCGAGGGCGGCAUCCCGUGCGCCGAGUGCGACUUUUCCCAGCAGAGCUGCUCGCUCCCGAUCCCGUGGCGGCCGCCGACCGUCUCGGACGAGAAGAACCUGUGGCUCGCGCAAAAGUGCUGGGCCAAGCUCCUCAGCCACCCGCUCUUCUCCCAGGUCGACCCGGACGACCUCUGCGCCGAGCUGCGCGCCCGCACGAGGUGCUCGACCGACGGCCGCCUCGUGUGCCACAAGAGCGACGUUUGCGACGUUUUCCGCAGUAUCCCGCAGAAGGCCAAGUUGAGGGCGCAGGCGCUCUCGAUGAGGCGAGCGUCGUGCGUGCACUAA